AGGAAAGCGUAAACUGCUGCUGGCGAUAUGUUUUGCCGCUUGUCUGCUUCUGUUCUUCGGCGCCCUGGCAACUGUUUUGAGCUCAAAGCAAGCCGAACAUACGGGAGAUGACGGCACGGAGUCCGAAGCUUACUAUCCCACGGCGCCCGCUGGAAACAUCCCUCAGUUGACACCGUCCUCUGGAGGUGGAGAGGCAUCAUCAGGAGAUGGGACAACACCAGGAGUUACAAGAGUGACACGAAAGCCUCUGCCACCUAGACCGUUGGUGUGCAGCUACAAGCGGGAUAUGAAACCGGAGUACCCUUAUCCUCCCGACGGGCUCUGCGACUUCCUUUUUCACACAUUUGGCUUGUUAGAGGAUGGCUUCAACUACAAUGAUUAUUACAAUAUUUACGACGAUGACCGAGCCGUACUCGAGAAAUUUAAGGAGGAGGGCGCAAAGUCCAAGAUAACUUCGUUCGGGAUCGAUAUCUACGAUCACUUUGAAAACAUGACUCGUCCUACAUUAAAUACAAAGAAGGGCAAGGACGCACUGCGAGAACUCUGGGACUUCAAAAUAGUACAUUACGCUAUUCUGGAUUACAUAAUUUUCAGUGCAGGUGGAAACUUUUCAGUGAGCGUCGCCAAGAUAGCAAAGUGUGACACAGAGACACAGAGGGAGAGAUAAAGGCCAACAAACGGUAAAGAUCGCCUCACGGCUCGGAAUUCGC